AUGGAUUUCGUACAACCGCAUUCUCUGUAUAUUGUAGCGGUGCUGCUGAGCAGUACUAGCAUAUUGUACUUUCUCCAGUAUCUCCUUCGUUCUGGGUACCGGCCACCUGGGCUACCUGACGGGCCUGCCACAGUUCCUCUGUUUGGAAAUGAGCUUCAGGUCCCAAAGGCAGAUGCGCAUUUUAAAUUCACAAAAUGGGCAAAGCAGUAUGGGGGAAUAUUUACCCUGAAGAGGUACAUGAACACCACCAUUGUCAUUACGGAUCGAAAGCUCGUCAAGUCACUCCUGGACAAGAAAAGCAACAUCUAUUCCCACCGACCAGCGUCGCGUGUAUCACACUUGAUCACCCAGAGCGAUCAUCUUCUCGUUAUGCAAUACGGGGAGCAAUGGCGCAUGCUCCGAAAGAUCAUCCACCAGUACUUCAUGGAGCCCAAUUGCGAACGAGAGCACUGGAAAGUCCAAGAAGCCGAGGCCAAGCAGAUGCUGCAUGACUUUCUUACCGUGCCAGAAGACCACAUGCUGCAUCCGAAGCGGUACAGCAACAGCAUCACCAACUCUCUUGUGUUUGGCAUUCGCACCAAAACCGUGCAUGACGAAUACAUGGACAAGCUGUUUUACCUGAUGGACAAAUGGUCCUUGGUUCAGGAACUGGGGGCCACUCCUCCCGUGGAUUCGUUUGGCCUGCUGCGCAUUUUGCCGCAGUGGUUACUCGGCAACUGGAAGAAUAGAGCCCUGGAGGUGGGUGAUCUCAUGCAGUCCCUCUACAAAGCGGCGCUGGACCAGGUCCGGGAGCGACGCCAGCGCGGAAUCCACCGAGAUUCGUUUAUGGACCGUGUCCUGGAUAAUCUGGAUAAGACGCCGCUCACCGAGAAUCAACUGCGGUUUUUAGGCGGAGUCCUCAUGGAAGGAGGAUCGGAUACUUCCUCCUCGUUGAUUCUGACCAUCAUCCAGGCGAUGACCAAAUAUCCAGAGGUUCAGGCCAAGGCUCAUGCUCAAAUUGACGCUGCCGUUGGAUCAGAUCGAUCUCCCGGUUGGUGUGAUUUUGCUAAAAUGCCGUACAUCAACAUGGUCAUCAAGGAGUCCCAUCGGUGGCGUCCGGUCAGUCCGCUCGGCGUAUCACAUGCUGUUUCUGAAGACGAUCACGUCAAUGACAAACUAAUCCCUAAAGGCUCCACCAUUGUCCUUAACGUCUGGGGUAUGCAUCAUGAUUCCAACCGGUGGAAGGAACCGGAGCAUUUCCAGCCCGAUCGGUUUGAAGACUUUCCUGCGCUGGCAUCGACCUACGCGGCGUCCGGGGAAUGGGAUAAACGGGAUCACUACGGCUAUGGGGCAGGUCGGCGGAUUUGUCCAGGCAUCCAUUUGGCUGAGCGAAACUUAUUCAUCGGGGUUGCCAAGCUGCUGUGGGCCUUUGAGUUUAGUGAGCCUCCAGGAAGCAAGAGUGAUAUCUCUGCGGAGUCCGGAGCCAGUCAGGGAUUCUUGCACUGCCCCAAGGAUUAUGGGUGUGUGAUCCGACUGCGGUCGCCGGAGAAGCGCGAGACGAUUAUGCGGGAAUUUGCAGAGGCUCAAGAGGUGUUUGCCCGGUUUGAUUAG